AUGCCAAUUCCGAACGAUGAACAAACAUGUUCCAUCUUUUCUCGUGCUGUGUAUACUUAUUUGGACCCUGUUAUCGCUCUCGGAUACCGCGUAUCCCACUUGGAGUUUGACCAACUGCCUCCUCUUCCAGACACCGAAGAAGCCAAAAAUAUUGUCAAAUACGCCUUUCCGCAUUUGGAUUUGUUUCAUGGCGCUCAAAAACGGCACAUUUUUUUCGGGCUUAUGCGCGUCCUUCGCCUCGAGUAUACGAUCAUAAGUGUGUGCAUCAUCCUAAUGGGUGUUUGCGAAUUCAUUUUACCUUUGGCUAUAAAUCGACUAUUGAAAUAUCUCGAGACAGGAGGUGAAAAUGCCCGCAUCAAGCCUUGGUUUUGGAUUUUGUGUAUCUUCUGUGGGCCAUUCUUCCGGACACUAUUGUUCCAGAAUUACAUUUUCGUUGCCACCACUACCUUCGUUCGCGUCGAAGGUCUCCUGACGCAACUGGUCUUCGAACAUAGCCUUCGCAUACGAGUUAAAAACGAUCCCUCGACCUCUACGGAAGAACCUCAGGCCUCGGAAGAUCUUGCCGUCGAAGAAGCUAGUAGCGAGGAUGAACCCACUACCACGGCACCGUCCCUCCAGGAUAAAAAGAUUGAAAAAAGUGGCGCAAAUGUCCUCGGAAAGAUCAAUAACUUGGUUACAACAGAUUUGGCCAAUAUUGUGGAGGCACGAGAAUUCAUCGUCCUUCUUGUCUAUGUGCCUCUCCAAAUCAUCCUCAGUGUUGUAUUUCUCUAUCAACUUCUUGGAUGGAGUGCAUUUGCAGGCAUUGCAGUUACAAUCGUACUCUUUCCCGUCCCAGGUUAUAUUGCCAAGUUAAUACAAGACACUCAAAAAGUUUUGAUGGAAAAGACAGACGCUAGGGUUCAGGAUGUGGCUGAAGCUAUAAACGUCAUCCGAAUGAUUAAAGUAUUUGGAUGGGAAGAGAAAAUGUCUAAACGUAUCAAGCAAAGCAGAGACAAUGAACUUACUUCUCUUUGGAGACUGAAACUAUUAGACGCAGCUAACUCGGUCAUAACCUACGUUAUCCCCAUCAUAACCAUGUUGGUGACAUUUGGAGUAUAUGCCAUCAUUAUGAAAGGGGAGCUUAAUGCAUCCAAAAUAUUCUCCAGCAUCACAGUUUUUAAUAUCCUUAGAACGCAACUCAGAAAAAUAUCUUUUGAAAUCACAGCUGCUGCCCAAGGCAAGGUGUCAUUGGAUCGCAUAAAUGACUUCUUGAAGAAUACCGAACUUUUGGACGCAUUUUCUUCGCAAGCGCCAUCAAUGAUACUGAAACAUCAUUUGAAGGACGAAAUCGGAUUCAACGAUGUGACCUUUACAUGGUCUCUCUUAUCCAAUGAAGGUUCCUUAACACCGACAACUCGUUCCUUCAAGCUUCGAAUUCCCUACAAGCUAUUGUUCCAGAAAAACUCCAUUAACCUCAUAGUCGUCCCAACUGGUUCAGGAAAGACAUCCAUGUUGAUGGCCCUGUUAGGGGAAAUGUAUUUUUUGCCAUCUAGCCCUGAUUCUUGUUUCAACCUGCCUAGAGGAGGAGGAAUCGCCUUCGCUGCUCAGGACUCUUGGGUCCAAAAUGCAACUAUCCGUGAAAAUAUAUUAUUCGGAUCUGCAUAUGACGAAGUUCGUUAUAAGAAAGUUAUCCAGCAGUGCGCAUUGGAUAAGGAUCUACAAAUGUUUGAAGCUGGAGACGCCACUGAAGUGGGCGAAAAGGGGUUAACCCUGAGUGGUGGGCAAAAGGCGCGAGUAACAUUGGCACGCGCAAUCUACUCUCCUGCAAAAAUCCUGUUGUUAGAUGAUGUGUUGGCAGCGUUGGAUGUUCAUACUUCUUCUUGGAUAGUCAACCAAUGUCUUCAAGGAGAUUUAGUGAAGGAUCGCACCAUCUUACUUUUAACUCACAACAUCGCAUUGACUGCGCCUAUUGCCCAUUUUAUUGUUUCACUGAACUCAGAUGGCACACUGCACACUCAAAGCAAAGAUAUCAAAAAGAUUGUUACUAACGAUUCUUUUAUAUCUAGAGAAGCUGAAAUCGACAACGAAAGCAUCGCCAUCUCCCACCAAGAAGUUCAUUCGUUGUCACAUAAAAACAAUUUUGUGGUAGAUGGAAAGCUCAUUAUGAAAGAAGAAAUCAUCGAAGGGCAUGUUACAUGGAAAUCCAUCAAAGUGUUCUUAAAAGGCUUAGGAGGAAAUCAUCCUGUCUGGUUUUACGUUCUUUGGAUAUCUGGUAUCGCACUAACAGAUUGGUUAUCGACUUUCCAAGUGUGGUUCCUUGGGUAUUGGGGUUCUCAGUAUGAGUUUCAUACGCCAUCAGAGGUGCCCGCUUCAUUGCAACUGGCGGCGACUACCAUCUAUAACUCCGCAUAUAUUCAUUUCGUCUAUGGAACAAUGAGGGCGUCGAGGUUUAUAAACGGGACCUUAGUUGAUUCAUUUCUCUCCAGUACUUUAAGAUGGCUAGAUGAGACACCCACAGGAAGAAUCAUCGCGCGUUGUACACAGGAUAUCAGUGCAGUAGACGGAAUUAUUCCGUUCACCUUCCGUGAUGUAAAUGAAGUUGCCAUUUCGAUGACUACGAAAAUAGUUGUCAUCGUUCUUUUCGCACCAUUUUUCCUCUUUCCAGGAUUUGGGGUUGCAAUUUUAGGCUUUUAUUUGGGGAACAUGUAUCUGAAAGCCCAGAUGUCAGUUAAACGCGAGAAAAGUAACGCUCGAUCGCCACUUCUAGCUCAUUUCAACGCAGCCAUAUCAGGCCUAGUCUCUAUUCGUGCAUAUGGCGCGGAGGGUCUCUUUAAAGAUGAAUCAAUAAAUCGAAUAAAUCACUAUGUUCGAGUCGGAAGAGCGUCCGUGAGCCUUAAUAAAUGGAUUGGUGUACGAAUAGACCUUCUUGGGGAGCUUUUUACUGCCUCUCUUGCCGCGUAUCUGCUAUACGGACACUCCAUUGGUGCAGCCAAUACAGGUGUCGCAUUGAGUCUGGCCGCGGAGCUGUGUGCUCUAAUUUUAAUCUUUGUCAGAGCUUUCAAUGAAUUUGAAGUUCAAGCAAACAGUCUUGAACGCAUCCAGGGGUUCCUUGACAUCGAGCACGAACCUCAGCAAACGGAAGACGGAAAACCACCAGCUUCUUGGCCAACAAGUGGCGAUCUCCGAGUAGAAUGCCUAUCGGCACGGUACUCACAGGUUGGGCCGAAGGUCCUGCAUGACCUGUCGUUCCAUAUUGAAUCAGGUCAAAGAAUUGGAAUUGGUGAGCAACAAAUUGCGCUGAGUAGUUCUUUAACGCUGGCGCUCCUACGCUGCAUUUUCACAGAAGGAACUGUCUAUUACGACGGCGUUCCUACCAACCAAAUCAAUCUUGAUGUUUUAAGAUCGAAUAUUACAAUUAUUCCUCAGUCGCCUGAGCUUCUGAGCGGGACACUUCGCCGCAAUCUGGACCCAUUCGAGCAACAUGGCGAUGCGACGCUGAACGAUGCUCUCCGGGCAGCAGGGUUAUUUUCUUUUGAAGAACUCGGCGAAGCAUGUCUUACACUUGACAGUAAUAUCGCUAGCGCAGGCUGCAAUUUAUCAGUGGGCCAAAAACAAAUUCUGGCCCUUGCAAGAGCAAUGGUCCGAGGCAGCAAACUCCUUGUUUUGGAUGAAGGCAGACUCCAGACGAUCAUGGAUGCUGACAAAAUGGUCGAAUUCGACAGUCCGUUGUCUCUUCUUGGCAAAGAGAGCGGCAUGUUCAGGGCCUUGGUUGACGGAAGCGGCGACAGAGCUACCCUCUAUGCCAUGGCAAAAAGGAAGACCCUGAAUUCUUCUCACCGUCAUUAG